AAACAUUAAAUCCAUUUCCUAAAUUAUUGAUAGUAGUCCUUUCGUUUUUUGAUCGAAUCCUCAUGAUCUUUACGUAGUGGGAUUAGUAAGAAUAGUAAAUUUCAGUCACGAGUUAAUCAGAAGUGAAGAAUAAAUCACGUGGCGUAAUACAAAUGUAGAGAGAAGAUAGAUUAAUUGAAAAAUAUAUUGGUGAAGUGAAAAAUCCAUUCAAAGAAGUUGAAACAAAAUCCUUCUCCCAUGACUGAUGACUCCAUGAGGCAUGAGGCAUGAGGCAUGAGCUAGACUUGUUGAGAGACAUAUGAAGUAUGGAGUACGUACACGAGUAACUCCUAUAAAUAGAAUACGGAGUAGAACGUACUAAGUGGGCUCGAGUUUAACUGCAUUUGGAUGAUGUUGAUGAUGAUGUCUCUUAAAUCUAUUUGCACCUCCCGCAAUUUCUCAUUUUUGACAGUAACUAACACCUUAAAUUAUCUUCCAUUACAUCUUGGUGGUUUGAUUAAGUUUAGAAAUAGUGAGAACACACAGAUUCAGACAAGGAUGCUGUCGGGUUUGAUGAGGGUUCAGGGUCGACAACUACAACUACUUUCAGCAACGGAAGAUGAGCAUAGAGGUCUACAUGUCGAUAUGCAGGAUCCUAUGGACUCCCACCUCUUUGCCUCUUCCCUUAGAUCUUCCCUUUCUUACUGGACCCAAUUGGGGAAAAGAGCUGUCUGGAUUAAACUUCCUAUUCAACAUAACAAUCUUAUUGAAGCUGCUGUCAAGGAAGGGUUUUGGUACCACCAUGCAGAACCAAGGUAUGUAAUGUUAGCAAAGUGGCUUCCUCAGGAUGAACCCAAUACUCUUCCAGCAAACGCAUCUCAUCGUGUUAGUGUUGGCGCUUUUGUCAUCAACGACAAGAAACAGGUACUAGUGGUUCAAGAGAAGAAUGGAAUGUUAAGAGGAAAGGGUGUGUGGAAGUUUCCCACUGGAAUGGCCAAUCAGGGUGAGGAUAUUUGUGCUGCCGCUGUGCGAGAAGUCAAAGAAGAGACUGGAAUUGACACUAAAUUUGUGCAAGUGCUGACAUUCAGCACCUUCAAAUUUCUUAAAAUACACAGAGAACACCAUAUGGCAUUUUUUCACAAGUCGGAUCUUUUCUUCGUCUGUCUGCUACAACCUCUGUCCUUUAACAUCCAGGUUCAGGAAACAGAAGUUGAAGCAGCUCAGUGGAUGCCCUUCGAAGAAUAUGCAAUGCAGCUUUUUGUUCAGAGAUAUGAGCUCCUGAGGUACAUGGUUAAAAUUUGCAAGGCAAGAAUGGAUGGUCAAUAUUCAGGAUUUCCAGCAGUGGCUAUCAAACCAAGCUUUAGAGAUGGACGCCAAUUUAUCUACUUCAAUACUCAAGCUUCCAAAUGAGAUACAAUGCUAUGUACAGCAUAUAUAAAAUAUAUUACAGUGGAAAAUAUAUGCACGUUACUACACUAG